AUGUCGGGUCCUGUGGUGGAUAUAGUGAUAAGGAACGACAAGGCGGCUGCCCUCGAAGCGCUUCGGAAUCUGUGGAGCUACCGACUGUUGGAGACGUUACAUCUCGAAAGCUGCGAUCUUACCGAUCAAGACCUCGAAUGCAUCCAUCCAGGCACCACUUGCGUCAGAUAUGUUUGCCUUCGUAAUAACCAGCUGGUUCACCCUUGGCCGACCCUAGCGAAAAUGUUCCCAGCUCUCGAUUGCCUGGACUGCAGAGAGAACAGGUUGUUGACAAUGGAUCUGAAUGCCAUGAAAACAUCACGGUUUGCUUGUAUGGAG